GACCUAUUCCCGUGCUGCCGGAUAUCGAACCCAAGGCUGCCAUCGAGUGUGCCCGCGCCUGCAACCGUAAGCCCGAAGCUGACCACCAUUGGAGAAGCGAACGACACCACUUCCGGACGUCCCGCACUUAUACGAGCGUCAACACCCAGAGUGAUAGGGGUGGUUUGUGACCUUACACUCGACUGCGACCACUUCACAAUUGUGAUAUCCAACUCCUACCAUCAUAUACUGCUGCCGACAGUGACGCAGUCACACCACCGCAAACAUGUACCUCGACAAAAGAGACAACAUGGGCUUCCAGGUCGCCCCGGCGCUCAUCAUCUUCCUCGUCAUCCUUGGUGCUGGCGCGCUCGUUGUGUGCGGUUUCGCAGUGAUGCGCUUCUGGGGUGGGGAUGAGGCGCAGGAUACCAGUUAUAUGAACCGCUCCGUGGAGCAGGACCGGUAUAUGAGGGAGGUUCGGGAGAGGACGUGGAGCAAGCUUCCAAAUUACUACGUUCAGAGACAACAGUACGACUCGUCGGGUCGAAGUAACCUGCCGCAUGAGGGGAAGAGUGCGAAUGCGAGCAACGCUACGUAUGGGUGAGGACAGUGUCGAAGGGCGAUGGAAACCAUGUUUCGAACGAAUAUGUCGACAUUAUCCCAACGACGAGCCACGAGCCACAGAACCGCGAGCAUCUGCAGUAAAAGUACUGGCGAUCUGUAAUGAAUUUAUGACUCUUGGCGUUACCGGAAG